AAACAACAGUGACACCUCCAGCAGGGCUCAAAGUGAUCAAACAACAGUGACACCUCCAGCAGGGCUCAAAGUGAUCAAACAACAGUGACACCUCCAGCAGAGCUCAAAGUGAUCAAACAACAGUGACACCUCCAGCAGGGCUGAUAGUGAUCAAACAACAGUGACACCUCCAGCAGGGCUGAUAGUGAUCAAACAACAGUGACACCUCCAGCAGAGCUCAAAGUGAUCAAACAACAGUGACACCUCCAGCAGGGCUCAAAGUGAUCAAACAACAGUGACACCUCCAGCAGAGCUCAAAGUGAUCAAACAACAGUGACACCUCCAGCAGAGCUCAAAGUGAUCAAACAACAGUGACACCUCCAGCAGAGCUCAAAGUGAUCAAACAACAGUGACACCUCCAGCAGAGCUCAAAGUGAUCAAACAACAGUGACACCUCCAGCAGAGCUCAAAGUGAUCAAACAACAGUGACACCUCCAGCAGAGCUCAAAGUGAUCAAACAACAGUGACACCUCCAGCAGAGCUCAAAGUGAUCAAACAACAGUGACACCUCCAGCAGGGCUCAAAGUACUCCCACAGCACCGCAGAAACCUUUAAACAGGGCACAAGUUUUCAAGAAGCGUUGGCAGCUGCUUCAGAUCAUGCGUGUGUGGCUGUGAUGUACCUGUGUAGGUACAGAUACAUAUACACAACAAUUAGCUUCCUGUCAAUCGGAGUUUACUGAGAGGUUCGGGUGCUUGUGACUGCUAGGGCUGAGUGUGGACAGCUAGUUGGCAGGCUGACCUGCAACGAUUUCAGGAGGCAUCCCCAUUGGGACGCUAUACUGGCAUUAGGCAGGGAUAAAGCUGGGCAUUGUUACCUUCACUAAACUGAGCAACACAUGUGGGACAGCUCAUAGAGGCGCCAUCACCCUGGUUUCAAUAGCUGCCGCUUUCAAGGCAAGAUAACUUCUCAAUACCAAGGCAUCAUAAUGGUUCAGAAAACACACAUAACCAACAAAGUCGACAGUUUAUGAGAACUGCAGUGGAAGUGAUUGUAACUCAACAAGGCAAGAUAUAGUCUGUGAGGCUGGGACUAACAGACAGAAGAGGGCCAAGGAAAAUGGCCGAUAUCUGAACUACAAAGUUUGGAACUUUUCUGAACAACGGAUUAUCAGCAUUUUUCUUGAGUGUGGAAGCGGAGGUGAUUCAGGAUUGAGGAUUAACUCUCAAAUUACAGUUUUGGAAGUUGUGAUCAAGUUUACCCAAAGUUGUGUCAAUCUGUUUUGGAUAGAUCUGAUACCCAUCACAGUCCUGGUUGGCCUCCAGGACCAAGGAUUCCAAGUUAUACUGAACCUAUACAUCAUACAAAGGUUUCCAAGAUGUCUGCGUGGUCACUUCCAGUAGACAGGCACAACUUCCUGCAGACAGUACAACAUAUCCUCUACAUCUGUGUAACUCUUCUUUUCUCAGAAGGGGUGAUGGCCCAACAGAGGUUUAUCAUUGAACCCCAAGACACGAGUGCGAUUGAAGGAAGCACGGCAAUACUGAAGUGUAAAGUGGCCAACAUGGUGGGUGGCCUUCAGUGGACAAGGGACAGCUUUGCUCUCGGGAUGGAGAGAAAUCUACCAGGAUUCCCUCGGUAUCAGAUGAUUGGCGGACAAACACCAGUGGGGUCGGAGACUAUUGGUGAGCACAACCUGAAGAUAACGGAAGUCCACCUGGAGGAUGAUGCUGAGUACCAGUGCCAAGUCGGCGCCACAGAGAAUGUCCAGGGGAUACGCAGUCGUACAGCAAAACUAAACGUGUUGUUACCUCCUGACAGGCCCCAGAUAGAGAAUGGGUUGAGGGUUGCAGUGGUCGUUGGGCGCCUGGCCAAUAUCUCAUGUCGUGCCAACAACGGCAAACCUUCUGCAACCAUCACCUGGCACAUGGAUGGGCAGCGUUUGACGGAGAUGAUCUAUUCCAGAAGCAUUCCAAAAGUAAAUGAUAAGCGGGUAGAUUCUGUAGGAAUUAUCACCAUCAAUGCUACCAAGGAUGAUGAAGGCAGACGGAUAGAGUGCAGAGCUGAAAAUGAGGCUAUGGUGUCACCCUUUUCAACUUUUGCGACACUGGAUGUGCAGUAUCCACCAUACAUCACAAUGAUGACCAACCUGUCUCGCACAAUACGAGAGUAUGACUACCUCCGUAUUUUCUGCAGGGUUGAAGCAGCCAAUCCAAGGGGUAUUACUUGGAGGUGGCUGAGGAAUGGUCGUAUCCUCCACGGGGAGACGCGCGAUGUCCUCGACAUUCCCUCCAUUUCCCGAGCCUACCACCAAAACACCAUCACCUGUGAAGGUAGCAACCCUGUGGGUGGCACCAGGAGGAACAUGGAGCUCAAUGUGGAAUUCGGACCGUUGUUUGUUGGUGAUCCUGAACAUACAGCCGUCAACCUGAACCAGCCAGCCACCCUAAGGUGUGAAGCCACUGGCAAUCCCCUGCCCAGUAUUAUUUGGACAAAGAAAGGGUCUCGCCAUCCACAGGGCAGUUCUUCGGUGCUUAGGAUCCCCAAGGUGGGGGAGGGAAACCUGGGUGUGUAUGUCUGCACAGCCACUGUCCUGGGCUUCAACUCCAUCAGCAGGGAGAUAUACCUCCUACAAAAUGCUCCUCCAACUAUAAUGAGUGAGGUGAAGCAAUAUGCUAUAACAGGAGAGAAUGCGGAAGUGGAAUGUAUGGCCAUGUCAGUCCCCAAGCCAGACAAGAUCAUCUGGAUGAGGGACGGUAUUCCUAUCAACUAUGCCACCUCUGGCAGGUUCUCAGCUGUGGAGGAGGAUUUGCCAUAUGGAAGAAAAAGCACUCUUCAGAUUAUAAAUGUUAAUGAAGAAGAUUUUGGUGAUUACAACUGCAGCGUUAUCAACAACUAUGGCAAGGAUGUGGCAGUCAUACACUUGAUAGAAAAAGCUGUUCCACCCCUGCCAAUCAUCAUCGGUGGUGCUGUUGGAGGUGUGGCAGUGCUGUUCAUCAUCAUUCUGGCAUGUGUGUUAUACCAUCGCUACAAGAGUGCUGAGACUGGCAGCGUAUUGGGUUCAUACACCGACACAGAUAGCAGCACAGACAAGAAGCGGGAGAAGUCUGACUCCCCAUCCACUCUGAUGGACCAAUGGAGGCAGGACUACAACAAGGACCUCAACAGAUACUCAGCUGACUAUGAUGAGGUGCUUUAUGCGGGAAAGGAUCCAAAGGGGAACAACAACCAGUACCGAGUCAUAGAUCCUUUCUCGAAUGAAAGCGUGUAUCGGGACACAAGUCAGAUAUUUGGUGGAGAAUAUACAAGUCAGUCAGAUGACAUAGGGUCAGACAGAUAUGGACCAGCAUAUAGUGGACAGUACCCACUGAGUAGUUUCCGUGGUGAUUAUGCAGACUCAAGGCUACCUCCCGCCUGUUUAAGUACGACCAAACUGGCAACAAAUGUGUAGAUGUGUGCACCGGGACUCUACCAUCAGUGGGAGGAACAUGUUCACUCUUUACACACCAACCAUGGUAAAACAAACUAUCAUUGCCAUACUUGGUGGCAACAUUUUAUACAACUUUGUAUGGAUCAUGCAUCAAUAUGGAAUCUAAUUCCAUACCAUUCUAUCAGCAGCAUUGUAAACAUGUACAGGCAUCUGUCCAGGAAUGGAUGCUGGAUAAACUGGAAGCUUUCCAUGAAUCUAUUGCACAAUUAGAAGAGUUGAACACAGUUUAGCGAGGACAGUGAGCACCAUUUAUCUGUCUGCUGCCUGUUGUAGCAGUCUCGAAGCACAGCAUCUGCAUCAUAGGCACCACCACUCUUAAUGCACUAGUCAUGUAUAUACAGCUUGCCUUUAUCAUUCGGGGAAAAUUGAUACAAAAAUUAUUCCAAGAUCAAUGCAAAGACAAUGAGCCUUAUUAGCCUUGCCAUGAUAUGUGUACAAGAACAUGAGCUGGAAGCACUGGAGGAGAGCUCGUGCACAGCUGCUGUACCAAGUCGGUGAGGAGGAUGUUCAAGCAAAGGAAGACAGUUUGUGUUAAAGUGCACCUACUCUCUCUGUGGAUAUCGGAAUAGAAUCUUCUUGGUGCUGUUAAGUUGCAAUUGAUAUAGUGUUGAGCUGCCCCUGAGUGUGGGACAGAGGGAGUAGGUGGAGCAUUUCUUGUGCAAGCCAAAGGAGGAAGACACAGGAAGGAAAUAAAGUGACAUGAUUUCUUCCAAACAAUGUCCACAAUAGUCAGUGAAAGCCCAGAGGCUGGACAUAUGCGUGAUAGUUGGCAGUGCUCCUGUCCAGGAAGUUCAGCCUGUAAAGAUGGUUGUGUUGAAUGAACAAGUUUUGUGGGAAAAAACCUGUUUCUGUGAAUGAAAGCUGAUGUAAAUACAUGAGGUACAUGAUACUGGCCACACUGAGUCCUGUCCUGUUCACAUCACAGUGUAAUGUAAUAAUACGUGUUGGCCAGUGUGUACCAAGUACAGCUUGAUGCCAAGACCUGCCACAGUACUGUGUAGCCUGAAGAGAACAUCAGGUACAGAUGUUCAUGCAGUCUGGAGGACAUCAGGUACAGAUGUUCAUGCAGUCUGGAGGACAUCAGGGACAGAUGUUCAUGCAGUCUGGAGGACAUCAGGUACAGAUGUUCAUGCUGUCUGGAGGACAUCAGGUACAGAUGUUCAUGCAGUCUGGAGGACAUCAGGUACAGAUGUUCAUGCAGUCUGGAGGACAUCAGGUACAGAUGUUCAUGCAGUCUGGAGGACAUCAGGUACAGAUGUUCAUGCAGUCUGGAGGACAUCAGGUACAGAUGUUCAUGCAGUCUGGAGGACAUCAGGUACAGAUGUUCAUGCAGUCUGGAUGACAUCAGGUACAGAUGUUCAUGCAGUCUGGAGGACAUCAGGUACAGAUGUUCAUGCAAUCUGGAGGACAUCGGGUACAGAUGUUCAUGCAGUCUGGAGGACAUGUGGUAAAGCAUGAUGUGUUCUGACUUCAGAUAUACCUGGAGCCAUUCUGAGCAUGACAUGUUCUUGUAUAAAUGAAUAGGAACCCAAUUGUUUGUGUGAGGAGUCUAGCAGUACAUGCCAUGAGUAUAUAACUGUUUAUGAACUAUAGCAAUAUUGUCAGAAUGGGGAUGACCAAGUGAGGUGUUGAAGUGUCCAAGUUCAGAAAGCAGGAGACAACAGGGCUUGGCCCAAAUAAACAUUGGCUGUCAUAACAUAAUCCAUGCAUCCAGCUGUGCAAAGGAUGUCACUCCAGACCCUGACAAUGAUGUCACACUUUCAAUGCCCAAAUGAUUCUUAAAACUACAUUUGCAUAUUGGUUUAUUCAGUAAGUCUCCUUGUUAAAAGAACAUGUUGUAACACUCAUACCUGCAGUUUCAGAGAAAAUAAAUAUUGUCAUAUAUACAUCUGUCUCACUGCAGGAAUGUUCCUGUGUCUAGUCCAUGUUCAUCUGUCUCCCUUCAGGAAUGUUCCUGUGUCUAGUCUAGCCCAUGUACAUCUGUCUCACUGCAGGAAUGUUCCUGUGUCUAGUCCAUGUACAUCAGUCUCACUUCAGGAAUGUUCCUGUGUCUAGUCCAUGUACAUUGGUCUCUCUGCAGGAAUGUUCCUGUGUCUAGCCCAUGUACAUCAGUCUCACUUCAGAAAUGUUCCUGUGUCUAGUCCAUGUACAUCAGUCUCACUUCAGGAAUGUUCCUGUGUCUAGCCCAUGUACAUCGGUCUCUCUGCAGGAAUGUUCCUGUGUCUAGUCUAGCCCAUGUACAUCUGUCUCACUUCAGGAAUGUUCCUGUGUCUAGCCCAUGUACAUCUGUCUCACUUCAGAAAUGUUCCUGUGUCUAGUCCAUCUACAUCUGUCUCACUUCAGAAAUGUUCCUGUGUCUAGCCCAUGUACAUCUGUCUCACUUCAGAAAUGUUCCUGUGUCUAGUCCAUCUACAUCUGUCUCACUUCAGGAAUGUUCCUGUGUCUAGCCCAUGUACAUCUGUCUCACUUCAGGAAUGUUCCUGUGUCUAGCCCAUGUACAUCUGUCUCACGUCAGGAAUGUUCCUGUGUCUAGUCCAUCUACAUCAGUCUCACUUCAGGAAUGUUCCUGUGUCAGGCCCAUGUACAUCGGUCUCUCUGCAGGAAUGUUCCUGUGUCUAGUCUAGCCCAUGUACAUCUGUCUCACUUCAGGAAUGUUCCUGUGUCUAGCCCAUGUACAUCUGUCUCACUUCAGGAAUGUUCCUGUGUCUAGCCCAUGUACAUCUGUCUCACUUCAGGAAUGUUCCUGUGUCUAGCCCAUGUACAUCUGUCUCACGUCAGGAAUGUUCCUGUGUCUAGUCCAUCUACAUCUGUCUCACUUCAGGAAUGUUCCUGUGUCUAGCCCAUGUACAUCUGUCUCUCUGCAGGAAUGUUCCUGUGUCUAGUCUAGCCCAUGUACAUCUGUCUCACUUCAGGAAUGUUCCUGUGUCUAGCCCAUGUACAUCUGUCUCACUUCAGAAAUGUUCCUGUGUCUAGUCCAUCUACAUCAGUCUCACUUCAGGAAUGUUCCUUUGUCUAGCCCAUGUACAUCGGUCUCACUUCAGAAAUGUUCCUGUGUCUAGUCCAUCUACAUCUGUCUCACUUCAGGAAUGUUCCUGUGUCUAGCCCAUGUACAUCUGUCUCACUUCAGGAAUGUUCCUGUGUCUAGCCCAUGUACAUCUGUCUCACUUCAGGAAUGUUCCUGUGUCUAGCCCAUGUACAUCUGUCUCACGUCAGGAAUGUUCCUGUGUCGAGCCCAUGUACAUCGGUCUCUCUGCAGGAAUGUUCCUGUGUCAGGCCCAUGUACAUCGGUCUCUCUGCAGGAAUGUUCCUGUGUCUAGUCCAUCUACAUCUGUCUCACUUCAGGAAUGUUCCUGUGUCUAGCCCAUGUACAUCUGUCUCACUUCAGGAAUGUUCCUGUGUCUAGCCGAUGUACAUCGGUCUCUCUGCAGGAAUGUUCCUGUGUCUAGUCUAACCCAUGUACAUCUGUCUCACUUCAGGAAUGUUCCUGUGUCUAGCCCAUGUACAUCGGUCUCACUGCAGGAAUGUUCCUGUGUCUAGCCCAUGUACAUCGGUCUCACUUCAGGAAUGUUCCUGUGUCUAGCCCAUGUACAUCUGUCUCACUUCAGGAAUGUUCCUGUGUCUAGCCCAUGUACAUCUGUCUCACUUCAGGAAUGUUCCUGUGUCUAGCCCAUGUACAUCUGUCUCACGUCAGGAAUGUUCCUGUGUCGAGCCCAUGUACAUCGGUCUCUCUGCAGGAAUGUUCCUGUGUCAGGCCCAUGUACAUCGGUCUCUCUGCAGGAAUGUUCCUGUGUCUAGUCCAUCUCCAUCUGUCUCACUUCAGGAAUGUUCCUGUGUCUAGCCCAUGUACAUCUGUCUCACUUCAGGAAUGUUCCUGUGUCUAGCCGAUGUACAUCGGUCUCUCUGCAGGAAUGUUCCUGUGUCUAGUCUAACCCAUGUACAUCUGUCUCACUUCAGGAAUGUUCCUGUGUCUAGCCCAUGUACAUCUGUCUCACUGCAGGAAUGUUCCUGUGUCUAGCCCAUGUACAUCGGUCUCUCUGCAGGAAUGUUCCUGUGUCUAGUCCAUCUACAUCUGUCUCACUGCAGGAAUGUUCCUGUGUCUAGUCCAUUACAUCGGUCUCACUAUAGGACGGUCCUGUGUCUAGUCAAGUCCAUUACAUUGGUCUCACUGCAGGAAUGUUCCUGUGUCUAGCCCAUGUACAUCUGUCUCACUGCAGGAAUGUUCUUGUGUCUAGCCCAUGUACAUCUGUCUCACUGCAGGAAUGUUCUUGUGUCUAGCCCAUGUACAUCGGUCCCUCUGCAGGAAUGUUCCUGUGUCAAGUCCAUUACAUCGGUCUCACUACAGGACGUUCCUGUGUCUAGUCGAGCCCAUGUACAUCUGUCUCACUGCAGGAAUGUUCCUGUGUCAAGUCCUUUACAUCGGUCUCACUACAGGACGUUCCUGUGUCUAGUCGAGCCCAUGUACAUCUGUCUCACUGCAGGAAUGUUCCUGUGUCUAGCCCAUGUACAUCGGUCUCUCUGCAGGAAUGUUCCUGUGUCAAGUCCAUUACAUCGGUCUCACUAUAGAACGGUCCUGUGUCUAGUCAAGUCCAUUACAUUGGUCUCACUGCAGGAAUGUUCUUGUGUCUAGCCCAUGUACAUCAGUCUCUCUGCAGGAAUGUUCCUGUGUCAAGUCCAUUACAUCGGUCUCACUAUAGAACGGUCCUGUGUCUAGUCAAGUCCAUUUCAUUGGUCUCACUGCAGGAAUGUUCUUGUGUCUGCACAUGUACAUCAGUCUCUCUGCAGGAAUGUUCCUGUGUCAAGUCCAUUACAUCGGUCUCACUACAGGACGUUCCUGUGUCUAGUCGAGCCCAUGUACAUCUGUCUCACUUCAGGAAUGUUCCUGUGUCAAGUCCAUUACAUCGGUCUCACUUCAGGAAUGUUCUUGUGUCUAGCCCAUGUAUAUCAGUCUCUCUGCAGGAAUGUUCAUGUGUCAAGUCCAUUACAUCGGUCUCACUACAGGGCGUUCCUGUGUCUAGUCGAGGCCCAUGUACAUCUGUCUCACUUCAGGAAUGUUCCUGUGUCAAGUCCAUUACAUCGGUCUCACUACAGGACGUUCCUGUGUCUAGUCGAGGCCCAUGUACAUCUGUCUCACUUCAGGAAUGUUCCUGUGUCUAGCCCAUGUACAUCUGUCUCACUUCAGGAAUGUUCCUGUGUCAAGUCCAUUACAUCGGUCUCACUACAGGACGUUCCUGUGUCUAGUCCAGGCCCAUGUACAUCUGUUUCACUUCAGGAAUGUUCCUGUGUCAAGUCCAUGUACAUCGGUCUCACUUCAGGAAUGUUCCUGUGUCUAGCCCAUGUACAUCGGUCUCUCUGCAGGAAUGUUCCUGUGUCUAGUCGAGGCCCAUGUACAUCGGUCUCACUGCAGGAAUGUUCCUGUGUCGAGCCCAUGUACAUCGGUCUCACUGCAGGAAUGUUCCUGUGUCUAGCCCAUGUACAUCGGUCUCACUGCAGGAAUGUUCCUGUGUCUAGUCCAUGUACAUCAGUCUCACUGCAGAAAUGUUCCUGUGUCUAGCCCAUGUACAUCAGUCUCACUGCAUGAAAGUUCUUGUAUCUGGUCCAUGCACAUCUCCCUCACUAUAGGCAUGUUCCUGUGUCUGGUCCAUGUACAUCUCUCUCGCCCAGUUAAGUAUGUCUCUGUUUUCAUUCUGAUGGGGUUUGAUAAGGAUGUGAAACAUUGUGUAUGUAAUAUUUAUUAUCAGUGUAAAUAUGUAAACAUGUAGACUAUAGGGAAUGGUCUAUGAGGUGAGUACGUUGUUCCCCUGUUCAAUACCUGUGUGUGUCUGGCCCUGCAAGUAUAACUCACUCUUGUAGCUCUGUUACACCUUAGUUUUGUAUCAUGCUUGGACUGCACUAUUGUUGCUUGUUCAACACCAUGAUUAUACAUUCAACAUGCUAAUUUGUUUUUCAUGUUUUUGUUUUUAUUGACUUUCUGAUAUAUUAAGGAGUUGUUUGUUUCUUUCACUGGCGAUCAAUAUACAUUGCUUUGUAUAGUUUGUGUUACUUUGUGUUUCACUCGGUAUUUUGUGUCUCCUGGGGAUUUGGUGUGACCUGAAGUUCUAGGUGGGGAAUACAGUAAAUACUGUCAGUGAGUCUCUGGACAUGGGCUCCACCUCAGGUACAAGUAGACUCUAUGUUUAUGUCCUGGUUAGACCCUACUCUCGGACAUUUCUAGGUUUGUGUGUGAUGUAUCCUUCGUUACUGACUAUCACUGAUUGGUGAAGUAUGUUUAUUUGCUGCUCUCAAAAUGUAUGCAAGACUGUGUGCAUCUGGUUUACUUCUAUUUGGGCCUUGUUUUAUCCUUCCUUCCAUAUAGUUGUUGGUCCCCUAGACCUCAAUCACCCACAUAGCCUAGGUGGACACAGGUCAAGGCAUCCUUUAAACUAUCAUUUAAACUAUGUGGAUUUGAAUGUGUCUCAUAGUUACACCCCUACAUAGAGAUCUGUGUCAGUCAGGCUGUAGACACAUAGAGAAGCUCUGAUAAUUCCCAUGCCUCUUAGGUUAGCAGCAACUUGCUGUAUGUAGAAAACCUAUCUUUUUAGGGGGCACACAAAUGCCAUCAUUAUUGUAUCCAUCAUGAGACACUAGGACUAUCUUGACAUACACAACAAAUUUAGAUGGAACGCAAAAAAGAUCAGAUGAAACAUGUUUGGAAAUGUUUGUUGUUUCGGAGUCCUAUUUGACAUGUGAACAAACAAUGUGGUAUGUUUCUACCCAUGAAGAUGCUUUAUAGGUGUAAAAUGUAAAAAACAUAUAAGCACACUGCGCGCACACGCGCGCACACACACACACACACACACACACACACACACAUCCCAAUGGGCUCUGGCACAGCUACUUAAGCACAAGAAAUACUAACCAGCAUCACAUCAGAUAACAUACAAGAAAUAAUACCUACUUAACAGAUCAAAAGAACUUUAUCAAUACCAAAAUAACAUGACAGAUCACACACAGUAUCACACAUUUGAUCUAAUACCUUCAUAAAAAUAUCAUGAUGGAUUCACAAAAAUAUAAUAUCAGCUAAUCAUAUCAGAACAGAUCACAUACCCAAAACAACACCGAAACAACAUAUCACAGUCGUUCAGAAACCCGCAAGACAUUUCUAUAAAGGUUUCCUCAAUGGCUGAUCAAAUCACAGGUUACAUCUUGUAGUGAGAAGGUCAUUGGAUUUCGCCAAGGUCACAGAGAAGAUUAUUAGGUAAAUCCAGAUUAUUUUUGUAUGAAAUUCUAUGUCAUCAGUACCUUUCUGUACAGUAAUGUAUCAUUGAAAAUUAAUAUAUUGUUCAUUGUAUUUCUCUGAUAGCUUGUUUUAUUGUAGAUAUAUUGAAUGUGUGCUCUGACAGCGAUAAGUGAUGACAUGAAGUAUCCUGCGUACAUCGUCAUCUAAUCAUGUGCAAUUUGAUAAUGUAAUAAAUGAGAUUUUGUACAUAA